UUCUGUGUUCACAACAUCUCCAAGGAACUAACAGAGGCAAAAAAUAAUAAAAAUAAAUACAUAAAUAAAAUAACCCCAAACAAACAAGGUGAAAGAGUUGGAGCAGCACAGAGGCUGGUUUUAGGAGAACAGUGAAAUCUCCCCGAGUUCAGUGUUUUGACUCGUGUUAGUGUGAAAAUGGUCGUUUUGUCGAAAAAACCAAAGACUUUCAAGAUUGAGUUCCGAGAUUCCAGCAAGACUUUUUAUUCCAGUGGGGAUAAAGUGGCUGGGAGAGUGGUGGUGGAGGUGUCAGAAACAACCCGAGUCACAGCCAUGAGACUGUAUGGACUCGGCUGUGCCCAAGUGGAGUACAGCAAAGGAAAGCAACGCUGUAAGGAUGCCAUAGAGUACCUCAAAUACCAGGAGGUUCUUCACCUGGACCACAGGCCUACAGACUCGGAUGGCUCUGUUAUACUCAGACCUGGAAAUAGAUAUGAGUACACAUUUGGGUUCGAGCUUCCCCAGCCAGGACAGCUGGUGUCAUCAUAUAAAGGCAAAUUUGGCUCUGUUGAGUACUACGUGAAAGCGGUGAUGGAGCGGUCCUGCCAGCCAGAUGUAGAGUGCAAACGGUGUUUUGAGGUGGAGGAACCGAUUGAUGUCAACACUCCUGACCUUACGUCUUCUGCCGCUGGGGUGAAGGAGAAAAAGCUGACCUGCAUGUUCAUUCCUGAUGGCAGUGUGUCAGUCACAGCAAAGAUUGACCGUAAGGGCUACUGUGAAGGAGAGAACAUCUGCAUUGAUGCCAAAUUUGAGAACUUAUGUUCUCGUAUCAUCAUCCCCAAAGCUGCCAUUAUUAUCACACACACCUAUCGGGCCAAUGGCCGCACUAAGGUGCACCGUGAAAAGAUCUCAGCUGUCAGGGGCAAUCCUAUCAUCUCUGGCAUGUGUGACAUAUGGCAGCGCAAAACCCUCCGAGUGCCCAAACUAAGACCCACCAUCUUGGGCUGCAACAUCAUCCACAUGGACUAUACUCUGAUGAUUUAUGUGCACGUCCCAGGAAGUGAGAAGCUAACCCUAGAGCUUCCUUUGGUCAUUGGGACAAUCCCUUUUACUGGCUUUGUCAGUCGUACCAGCAGCAUGAGCAGUCAGGAAGGGAGCUCAGAAGCCUCCAGCUGCUUGGUGUCCAUGCCUUCUGCUCCACCUAGCUACAGCAACAUAACUCUGCAUGGCUGCUUGGACCCAUUCCUCAUACCAGUGCUAGAUGACUACAGUGAAGAUGACUGUCCUAUCUUCAUGCAUGUUGGAGAGUACCAUCAGACACCCCCUCCAGCCUAUACCGAGACUGACAUCUGUGGAAACGUCUGAAACACAAGUGUGGACAGUUCCUUAAAUAAAUAAAUUGACAAAAGGUGAAGCCGAACACUUUCCCCCUGUCCUGUUGUGUUGCAGGUACAAAAGGGAUGCAGUCACAGUGGCACUACCCUCCAGUUAUGUUAAACUGCUGUAGGUGCAAAAAUCUUUGAAAGAGAUUAACAUUUCUGUGAAUUUGUUCAAAUGUUGUUGCAAGUUGGGGAAAUGUAUUUAAGUCUCAGAGUAUAAUGUAAUACCAAUGGAUGAUUUCACUUAUAUGAGAAUUAGCUUGAGAACAGCAUUAGACUAUGGUGCCUGAUUUGGCAAUUUUGAUUGUUUCUUGGGCAUCCUCAGUAUUUA